CCAACCAUCAUCACUCUUCACACUGCAGUUUCAUUUUGUUUUCUCGAUAGUUCUCGCCAUUUUCAUCCCAUUUUUUCUGUCUGAUCUAGAGAGUAGAGAGUAGAACGAAAGAUGCCGAAGGAGAUAUUAUACUUCGAGUUGAACACAGGUGCCAAAAUUCCAUCGGUUGGACUUGGUACGUGGCAGUCGGAGCCCGGCGUUGUCGGUCAAGCUGUUGAAGCUGCCAUUAAGAUUGGGUAUCGCCACAUCGAUUGCGCUCGAGCUUAUAACAAUGAGAAGGAGAUUGGUGGUGUUCUUAAGAAGUUGUUUGAUGAUGGAGUUGUGAAGAGGGAGGACUUGUUUAUUACCUCCAAGCUCUGGUGUAAUGACCAUGCACCAGAAGAUGUACCUGUGGCAUUAGGAAAAACACUGGAAGAAUUGCAACUUGAAUAUGUUGAUUUAUACCUGAUUCAUUGGCCUGUUAGGAUGAAAAAGGGCUCUGUUGGCUUUGCACCUGAAAACCUUGUUCCUUCGGAUAUACCUAGCACAUGGAAGGCUAUGGAAGCACUCUAUGAUUCUGGGAAGGCCCGAGCUAUUGGGGUUAGCAAUUUCUCUGUAAAAAAGCUGGGUGAUCUAUUGAGUGUAGCACGCAUUCCUCCAGCUGUCAACCAAGUUGAGUGCCAUCCCUCAUGGCAGCAGCCUAAAUUGCAUGAGUUCUGUAAAUCCAAGGGAGUUCACCUAUCUGGUUAUUCACCACUGGGUUCUCCCGGCUCGACAUGGCUCAAAAGCGAAGUCCUCAAGCAUCAUGUUCUAGUUGCUAGUGCAAAGAAGUUGGGCAAGACUCCAGCUCAGGUUGCUCUUCGUUGGGGACUGCAAAUGGGUCAUAGCAUACUUCCAAAGAGCACGAACGAAUCAAGGAUUAAGGAGAACUUUGAUGUUUUCAAUUGGUCCAUACCAGAUGAUUUGUUUGUCAAGUUCUCUGAAAUUCAGCAGGCAAGAUUGCUUAGGGGUUCCGGGUUCGUCCACGAGACACUCAGUGAAUACAAAAGCUUUGAAGAUCUUUGGGAUGGAGAGAUCUUCAGCAUUCAGCAUCCGAUUUCCCUCUAUAAAAUCAGAAACUUAAAGAAAAAGAAGAGGAAAAACAAAGAGAAGUCGAGAAUGGUUCAAGAGAUUCGAUACUUGGAAUUGAACACCGGAGCUAAAAUUCCGUCGGUCGGGCUUGGCACGUGGCAGUCCGAACCCGGCCUCGUCGGUCAAGCUGUUGAAGCAGCAAUCAAGAAUGGAUACCGUCACAUUGACUGUGCUCGAGCUUAUAACAAUGAGAAAGAGAUUGGGUUGGUUCUGAAGAAGCUGUUUGAUGAUGGAGUUGUGAAGAGGGAGGAUUUGUUUAUUACCUCCAAACUCUGGUCUAAAGACCAUGCUCCUGAAGACGUACCUGUGGCACUGAACAAAACGCUGGAAGAAUUGCAGCUUAACUAUGUUGAUUUGUACCUCAUUCAUUGGCCACUGCGGUGUAAGAAGGAUUCCGUUGGCCUUGCUCCCGAAAACUUUUUACCUACUGAUAUACCUGGCACAUGGAAGGCGAUGGAAGCGCUCUAUGAUUCCGGUAAGGCCCGGGCUAUUGGAGUUAGCAAUUUCUCAUCAAAAAAGCUGGGUGAUCUGUUGGAUGUUGCCCGUAUUCCCCCUGCUGUUGACCAGGUGGAAUGCCAUCCUUCAUGGCAGCAGGCCAAAUUGAGGGAAUUUUGUAAAUCCAAAGGAGUUCACCUAUCUGGAUAUUCGCCGUUGGGUUCUCCUGGCACUUCGUGGCUCAAGAGCGAAGUGCUCCAGCACCCUGUUUUAGUUUCUGUUGCUAAAAAACUAGGUAAGACUCCUGCACAGAUUGCUCUGCGAUGGGGUUUGCAGAUGGGUCACAGCGUACUCCCCAAAAGCACUAACGAAUCAAGGAUCAAAGAGAAUUUCGACAUUUUUAGCUGGUCCAUACCAGAUGAAUUAUUUUCCAAAUUCUCUGAAAUCGAGCAGGCGAGAUUGGUCAGAGGCACUUUUUGUGUCCAUGAAACCCUCAGCCAGUACAAAACAGUUGAAGAACUGUGGGAUGGAGAGAUCUGAGUGAGCUGUAGUUGAUUUGCGAAGAUUUAUGAUUGUGUCAUGUUUUAAUUACUCCAUAUUUAGGGGAGGAAGUAUGGUCAUGAACUGGGCUUGUCUAAACGUUAUAGUCUGCUGGCCUGAAAUUAUAACAAUUUAACGACCAAUUGGCUUUGCUCCAUUUUAUUUUGUGUA